GCUGAUUGGUUAAAUUUGAAAAAUAUUUAGUCCGCGAGGUAGAGGGAACGUUGGAGCUGGAAGCAAGAAAUCAAACCAUAACAAUUCACCAUGAUACGACCUACGAAGCAUAAAACCCCCCGCAGAGCUGCUCCAAAGAAGCCAUCCAGCAACCAGAAAGAUCCAGUUGGCGUUUACUGUCGUGUGAGACCUCUUGGAGUGGAGGAUGAGGAGUGUUGCAUUGAGGUGAUCAGCAACACCACCAUCCAGCUACACGCUCCUGACGGACUCAAAGCCAACAGGAAUGGAGAGUUCAAGGAGACGCAGUACUCCUUCAAGAAGGUGUUCUGCAUUAAGACGUCCCAGAUGGAGUUGUUUCAGGAUGUUGCCAAGCCCCUCGUGGAUGACCUCAUUCACAGUAAAAAUGGUUUGCUGUUUACCUACGGGGUGACAGGCAGUGGAAAGACCUUCACUAUGACUGGGUCUCCAGGACAAGGGGGGCUCCUGCCCCGCUCCCUAGACAUGAUCUUCAACAGCGUCGGCCCUUACCAGGCCAAACGAUUCGUGUUAAAGACAGAUGAUAAGAAUGGUAUGGAGGUCCAGAAUCAGGUGGAUGCUCUGUUGGAGCGCCAGAAGAGGGAAAACCAGCCAUCUGUUGUCCCUAAAACACCCUCCAGGCAGAGGCUGGACCCAGAGUUUGCAGACAUGAUCAACCCAGAGGAGGCCUGCAGGGCGGACGGGGUGGACGAGGACAGUAGCUACAGUGUGUUUGUGUCCUACAUCGAGAUAUACAACAACUAUAUCUAUGAUCUGCUGGAAGACGCCCCCUAUGACCCCAUCAAACCCAAGUGGAAUGGAGGAGGUACUCCUCAGAGGCAGCCCAACCAAGAGUUCAUACCACCCCAGUCUAAGCUCCUAAGAGAGGACCAGAACCACAACAUGUAUGUGGCCGGCUGCACCGAGGUAGAGGUUAAGUCUACAGAAGAGGCCUUUGAAGUGUUCUGGAGAGGACAGAAGAAGAGGCGUAUAGCAAACACUCAGCUCAACCGAGAGUCCAGCCGCUCCCACAGUGUCUUCAUCAUCAAACUGGCCCAGGCCCCUCUAGAUGCAGAUGGGGACAACAUCUUACAGGAUAAGAACCAGGUGAGCGUCAGUCAGCUGUGCCUGGUUGACUUGGCGGGGAGUGAGCGCACAAGCAGGACCCGGGCUGAGGGCAGCCGCCUCAGAGAAGCAGGUAACAUCAACCAGUCGCUCAUGACUUUGAGGACGUGUAUCGAAGUGCUUCGGGAGAAUCAAAUGUGUGGCACAAACAAGAUGGUUCCAUACCGUGACUCCAAGGUGACUCACUUGUUCAAGAACUACUUUGACGGGGAGGGUAAAGUACGGAUGGUUGUAUGUGUCAAUCCUAAAGCCGGGGACUACGAAGAAACCAUGCUGGUGAUGCGUUUUGCUGAGAUGACCCAGGAGGUGGAGGUAGCCAGGCCCGUGGACAGGCCCAUCUGUGGCUUAGCUGCUGGGCGCCGGCAGAAAAACCAAGCUUUCAAAGACGAGUUGUCGAGACGCCUGGAGGAACGAGGAGGUCCUGUCAAUACAGAAUCCACCCAGUCAGUGAUGCACCAACUGCUCCAGAACCUUCCCCUCUGCCUGCCAGUGCUGGAGAAGAGACACAAGAUCAGGCAGAUGAUGACCCAGGAGUACAACAGGGCUGGUAAGAUGGUGACCCGGGAGUACAACGGGGCUGGUAGGAUGGAUGCCGACAUGUUGAAGUCCAUGCUCCAGGAGCUGAUUGAGAUCCUGCAGAAGACCACCAACAUCUAUGAGGAUGACAAGCGUACGCUGCAGCAGGAGCUGGAGAGCAGAGAGCAGCGUCUGCAGAGAGAGCAGACGGAGAAGAGACGCAUGGAGCAACGCAUGCAGGGCAUGGUCCAGGACACCAAGCACAAGUGGGAGAAGGAGUGUGAGCGUCGUGUGUGCGCCAAGCAGCUGGAGAUGCAGAACAAGCUGUGGGUGAAAGACGAGAAGCUGAAGCAGUUGAAGGCCAUCGUGACGGAGAGCAAGACCCCCUCAGACCAGCGCCCCGUCCCCGACAAGCCCCAGCGCCCCUCCCGGGAGAGGGACCGCGUUCCCGCCAAGAGAUCGGCCUCACCGUCACCCGUUCCCCAUACUCUGUACUCUGCCCUGCAGCCCGUCCACUCCAGGUCCAGCCAGGCCCUAGACCCAGUGUACGCCCCUCCCCAUCCCCAGCAGGUCAGACAGUGGCCAGGCUCCCACCCCACCUCCCCUCCUCAGAGCGCUAGCACCGGCACCAGUUCCCUCUCUGUCACCUCCUGCAUCUCAGAGUGGGAGCAGAGAGUCCCUCAGGACAGACAUGCUGACCCGGCCCAGUACGGGACCCCUAAGACUAGAACCCUAGCUCAGACCCAGGGUCUACCCAGCAGCCUUAGCAGGAGGAGAGGCAGGUGUUGGGAGAGGGCCAGAGAAAGAGAGGAAGAGAGAGAGGUUCCUGACCAGACCUGUGAUCUAGACCUAGAGGAACAGGAAGGAGCACACAGGACGGGCCCCCCGGUGCGUGCGGUCCACAGGCGCUCCCACUCUGCGGGCGGGGAGAGGUGGGUGGACCACAAGCCGUCGUCUAACGUGGAGCUGGACACGGUGAUGCAGCCCAUCCUGGGUUCCAACGCCAUUAAGGUCUCGGCCCCCAGCGAGAAGGCCCUAGCCAAGUGUGACAAGUACAUGCUCACUCACCAAGACGUGGCCUCUGAUGGAGAGAUACAGACCAAACUCAUCAAGGGUGAAGUGUUCAAGACACGAGGGGGAGGACAGGCAGUCCAGUUCACUGAUAUAGAAACUCUGAGACAAGAGCUGCCCACUGGACCAAGCCGUAAGAGGAGGUCGUCAGAGGGCAACACUGCCCAGGGGGGUGACCGUAUGGAGGGAGACUGGACAGAUGUGGAGACCAGGUGUUCUAUGGCUGUGGAGAUGAGGGCUGGAUCUAACCUGGGUCCAGGCUACCAGCACCAUGGAUAUCAGAAACGCAGAAAGCCCUGAAGAUCCUGUCUGGGCUGCUCCAUACACCCUCAUCCCUCACCCCUCCCUCUGUCCUCAGCCCUCCUCACCCCUCCCUCUGUCCUCAGCCCUCCUCACCCCUCCCUCUGUCCUCAGCCCUCCUCACCCCUCCCUCUGUCCUCAGCCCUCCUCACCCCUCCCUCUGUCCUCAGCCCUCCUCACCCCUCCCUCUGUCCUCAGCCCUCCG